CUGUCCUUUGGGUGGGGCAAGACCACAGGAAAUGAAUUCACAGUCUCUGCCUCCCCUUUUCUACUUGGGAAGCAACUAGCUGCUGACGCUCUUUCCCAGAAGGCAGCUCUUUGCCACGAAAGCCAAGGAAGCCGCAGUAUGGCUGCCCUGGCACGCAAGCAAGCUCCGGCUUCGGAAUUAGCUCCCGAGAAGCUCAGUGUCCAAUGGAGGCACAUCUCCAACCACUUCGAUGUAACUCUGUCAGGAAACCUGCUUGCUACCCAGGGUGAACUGUGUGACAAAGGCUUCCACUACAGUCUCUGAUCAUCACUACAUCCUGGGGUUCCAGCUACCUUGCUCAGUAGUCCCAGAGAACACCCAGGGCCAGUUCAAGAAAGGACCCCUCCACCUUUGUGAUGACUGUCCCACCAGUGGAAUAUUUGGGAGAACAGAACCCAACCUUGGCACAUGGAGAAUAAAGGCAUCCAGCUAAGGAAUCUGAAAACCACUGGAUAAAUGAGACAUAGGAAGAAAAAGGACAAAUCAUCCAGAAAAAAUGUCCCAAGAAAAAGGAUCAUGGUUCCAGGGAGCCUCUUCUUUCACCCGAGGUUGAGUAUGCCACCAGCCAAAACGCGAUGUUAGCUGGGGUCUCUGGACAGGAAAACCAAAGGGUUUGACUGGCAACUGUCCUCUCCACUUUGAUUCCUGGUCAUGGCUAGGGAUGUGCAACUCAUAAUGGCAACUUCCUGUGUGCCCUUUCUCCUCUGUGCAUCAUGGAGUCUACUUCCAGGUUGAUUUUCUGGGGACCCUAAAGCAGAGAGACCAGACCCCUGGGCAGUGGCUGAUUCCAGGAAAUGAAGUAUUUGUUCAGUGUAGUAGAAAACCUCGCGAUUGAUAUCUGUGAUGACAGUGCUUCAUCAGAGCAAGAUGAACAGCAGGCGAGCAAAUUAAAGCGGGGAAGCCGACACAGCAGAGCUCAGAAGAAAAUAGACGCUGAGACUCUUCAGAUGACGUGUCCAAUGGUGACUCCAUAAUAGAUUGGCCUAACUCUGGCAGACAGACUGCCAAUACAACAAGAAGUGGUCAGAGAGGAAAUCAGUCCUUGGGGGCAGUGAGCCAGACUAAUCCAAGCAGUGGUGAUUUCAGAUUCAGUUUAGAGACAAAUGUUAACCAUCAUAAUGUAAGCCAAACCCCAGAGAAUGAAAAUGAACCAUCUGCUACACGUCUUAGUGUAGAAAACAUGGACAGCAGCAGCCAAAGGCAAAUGGAAAAUUCAGCAUCUGAGACAUCAUCUGCCAGACCACCUCGGUCAGAACGCAGUUCUGCUGCAGCAUUAACAGAAGUGCCAUCCACCAGAGGGCUGAGGAGGGCAAGAAGCCCGAAACCAGAACACCAGCGAAGAAACAGAGUCAGAGCUGAAAGAAGUAGGUCUCUGUACCCAGCAAAUGAAAUUCCACGAAGAUCUCAUCAUAGCAUCUCAUCUGAGACUUUUGAGCACCCUUUGGUAAACGAGAUCGAGGGAAGUUCUAGAGCCCCUCGCCAUGGGACUUUGAGACAGCAGAUAACUGGAUCUGAGUUGCUAGGUAGAGGUCUUUUUGCGGCUUCUGGGUCAAGAAAUUCUGCCGCUCAAGGGACAAGUUCUUCAGGCAUGGGUACCAUUGGUGAAGCAGCAGGAUCUGGUCAAAGACCUCCAAUCAUAGACCUUCAAGUCAGAACAAGAGUUCUGCUGGGAGAAUACCAGCAGAGAGAUAGCAUUGCUAGCAGAACUCGGUCAAGGUCUCAGACGCCAAACAACCCGGUCACUUAUGAAAGUGAACGUGGAGGUUUUAUACGCACCUUUACACUUUCUGAACGUACAGGUGGGAGAACCUAUGUGAGUAUUGACGGGUUUUCCACUCUUACAAUCUUCAAUCCUGAAUCAAGGGAAACUACAUCUGUUCCAAUUCAAACCACGUUAAGGCAGAGAACAACACGUUUUGGUGAGCUUCCAUGGAGUGGAAGAGGGAGCUCUGGUGGGAACAGCUCUGCUUCUGGUGGCUCCACCUUUAACCCUCGCUCCAGUUCUAAUGGUGAAAGUUCAGAAAGUAGCUCAAACAUGUUUGAACGUGGUAAUGAAGGAACCCGACUUGACCCCUAUAACGACAACCACCAACCUAGAGGACUCACCAAAGAACAGAUUAAUAACUUGGCAAUGAGAAGUUUUGGUGAAAAUGAUGCAUUGAAGACAUGUAGUAUUUGCAUUACAGAAUAUACGGAAGGUGACAAACUUCGUGAGCUACCUUGCUCCCAUGAGUACCACGUCCACUGCAUCGAUCGCUGGUUAUCAGAGAAUACCACCUGUCCCAUUUGUCGCAGGGCCGUCUUAUCUUCUGGGAACAGAGAAAGGGUGGUAUAAUGAGAACAGAACUCUCGAAGCUGUGUAGCUGGAAUAGUGAAGAGCAAACAGAAAUCACUUGCUUUAUCUCCAUGUUUUUGAGCAGUGCUUAAAUACAAAGUCACAACCUGAAUCGAGUCAUCGCUUUCCUAGGGAAUCGUGUCUUUUCUCUAGUUUCUCUUUGAGGAUAGAAAGAAUACUUCAGAAGCAACGUUUUAGGACUUCAGUGUUUAAUUUCAAUACCAGAUAAUUGCUAACCUGUUACCGAUAAUUUACCCACAUACACUUGUCAUUUUCCCUUUGUUACCACAAGAUCUGCCUUAGCAGAGGCUCCUUUAUCACGCUGAGCUCUUUUUAGGUUUCCCAAGCUAUAAGAGGGGCAUGAAUAAAAUUCCCGCUCAAGACUAAGUUUCAUUAUGUGUUUAGUAAGUGAUUAAUUAAAACUAUACCAUUCCCAGUUACUAACGCAAAUUCAGUCACAUUCUGAGUAUUGUUUGUUCACCUUCCAGAUUAGGGGAUGAUGGACAUACCAAUGUAAAUAACACUAAACAGUUAAGAUCUCUUAAGUGUAUUAACAGUCCUAAGCCCAUCACUGUGGCACACAAUAGAGUGAACAUAGAGUUUCAUUGAGAUAUUUAUCUUGUGGAAAUAUUAAAAAGCCUAUGCUUGUGUAAGUAAAAAUUCGCAUUUGUUUUUUCAAAACAUAAAGCUAUUUUGUAGAGGCUCAGUACUUUUCCAAUGCACUGUUGUAUUAACGCACUCAAAAUUGUAAAGUAUUGUGCUUAGAAAUGAGAACAGCUUUUGUGAGCUGUGAUAGUAAAACAAAGACACCAAACAAAGUGUGAAGCUGCUUUUGUAAGUGUAUGGGUGAUGAGAGCACAACAUAUCUAUAUUUAAUGUAUUUGAGAACAGCUACUGUGACAUGGAAAGGAAAGGACCAUAUAGAAUCGAACUGUCCUAAAACCCAGUGGAAACCAUGAAUUUUAACUUGGAUUUAGGCAGGAAGUGAUAGAAGGUAAGAGCACUGCUCCGGAGAAUGAAACAUUUUCAUGAUGACAGCGAUAAAGGCAUGAACUGGUUUCCUACAAUGACAGCCACAGCAGCUGGACCCAGUAUUCAACUCGAAUAGAUGAAGCAGAAGAUCCAAAAUUUGGCAGAGCUGUUUUUGGUUUAAAAAACAAACCACUACCACCUAGCACAAGUUAAAUUGAUGUUUUUACAAUCUGCUCCUCAAAAACAGAAGGUGGAGGAAAGAGACUUCUAAACCAAUUUUAAAGUAGGGAUUUUAGUUGGUACAGAUGGGUGUGCUUUUGGAAAAAUCUUGGAUUUGCUUGUUUUCGAGAUUUAUCAUGUAAGGUAAUAGUGCACACUUGUCAAUAUUUCAUUGCUGUACCUAGUAGAUCCAACAUGCCACAUUUAAAAGACAUAUUCAUAAACUAAGAUAUUAUCUUUUAUUGACAGUGAGGCAUGUUGGGUAAUUUGAAAUUCAAAUUCUAGUUGUGUUGCCCAUAUGUGAAGAUGAGAUGGCCAGCUCAUAUCUAUGGACACACACAUUAAUUAUUCUCUUUUAGUGGUAAGACUAGAAUGUGAUAACCCCAGGACUCUUGACUGGUUUUUCUUUUAAGACUGAUUGGGGUUAAGAUUAGCCUUGUUGGUUCCCCAGAGAAAGCUGCUAGGCCAGAAGGGAAGCUGGAUUGAGCAGGCACAUCCCUGGCCUUUCACCAAAAGAGCUAACUACCCAGACUAGUCCAAGAUUCUAGAAACUGCUUUACCCAAAUUUGCUUACCCUCACUGAUACCACCUUAGCAGUACAGAUUAUUUCAAAGUUCAUUCUUACAUGUUUUCCUCUGGCUAUCAUUUCUACCUAAGUGUCAAGGGAAUGAAAUUGUAAAUUAGGUAGUUGUUUACAAAGAAUAUGCACUGCUCUUGCAAGGAAAUAAUGUCCAGACAAAGCUUCGCCUAUUUUUUUUAAUAUAAACAGAUUUCACUAUUUAUGGCUCUUAUGUAAUACGUUUUUUAUCUUUUUAAAAGAAUUAUCCAGGUAAAAGUCAGGAUUCCUUUAUAUUUGUGAGUCUCCAUGUCACCUUUCUAUGGUUUUCAGAUCUGCAGGAUAGUCCUGAUUAACUAAAAACAAAUCCAUUUUCCUGUUGGUAAAAAUGUUCCAAUUUAGGAGUGUUUAUUUUCUAUAGCUAAAAAACAGCUGACGCAUAUUCUAAACAUGAAGUUUGUAGGGGAAGCCCAGCCAAUCACCUUACUUUGAAGGGCGGGAUCCCCUGAAGUUGUUAUUUACGUAGAAAGAUUGUAGAUGUGCUCCCUGCAGCACCUUCUGUUUUCCUGCUCUCCGCUGGAACCUCGGUUAUGUAAGUCCUCCACUUAUUA